CAAGUGGGAAGAAAAAUGGCAUAUGAUUUUUAUCAUGGAUACGCACAAGUUUCUGAGGAAGACAAAGGAUUUGGACCAAUUUUCGAAGAGCAGCCAAUCAAUACCAUUUAUCCAGAGGAAUCACCAGAAGGAAAAGUUUCACUAAACUGUAGGGCACGAGCCAGCCCUUUCCCAGUUUACAAAUGGAGAAUGAAUAAUGGGGAUAUUGACCUGACAAGUGAUCGGUACAGUAUGGUAGGAGGAAACCUGGUUAUCAACAACCCUGACAAACAGAAAGAUGCUGGAAUAUAUUACUGUUUGGCAUCAAAUAACUAUGGGAUGGUCAGAAGCACUGAAGCAACCCUGAGCUUUGGAUAUCUUGACCCUUUCCCACCUGAGGAGCGUCCUGAGGUCAGAGUGAAAGAAGGGAAGGGAAUGGUGCUUCUCUGUGAUCCUCCCUACCAUUUUCCAGAUGACCUUAGCUACCGCUGGCUUCUAAAUGAAUUUCCUGUAUUUAUCACAAUGGAUAAACGAAGAUUUGUGUCUCAGACGAAUGGAAAUCUCUACAUUGCAAAUGUCGAGGCAUCAGACAAAGGCAAUUAUUCCUGCUUUGUAUCCAGUCCUUCUAUUACAAAGAGUGUGUUCAGCAAAUUUAUCCCACUCAUUCCACAACCUGAACGAACAACAAAACCAUAUCCUGCUGAUAUCGUAGUUCAGUUCAAGGACAUUUAUGCAUUGAUGGGCCAAAAUGUGACAUUAGAGUGUUUUGCGCUUGGCAAUCCCGUUCCUGAUAUCCGAUGGCGGAAGGUCCUAGAACCAAUGCCAAGUACUGCUGAGAUCAGCACCUCUGGGGCUGUCCUCAAGAUCUUCAAUAUUCAGCUAGAAGAUGAAGGCACAUAUGAAUGUGAGGCUGAGAACAAUAGAGGAAAGGAUAAACACCAGGCAAGAAUUUAUGUUCAAGCGUUUCCUGAGUGGGUAGAACAUAUCAACGACACAGAGGUGGAUAUAGGCAGUGACCUCUAUUGGCCUUGUGUGGCCACAGGGAAGCCCAUCCCUACAAUCCGAUGGCUGAAAAAUGGAUAUGCGUAUCAUAAAGGGGAGUUGAGACUGUAUGAUGUGACUUUUGAAAAUGCUGGCAUGUACCAGUGCAUAGCUGAAAACACACAUGGAGCCAUAUAUGCAAAUGCGGAGUUGAAGAUCUUGGCUUUGGCUCCAACUUUUGAAAUGAAUCCUAUGAAGAAAAAGAUCUUAGCUGCUAAGGGAGGAAGGGUCAUAAUUGAAUGCAAACCUAAAGCAGCACCCAAGCCAAAAUUCUCAUGGAGUAAAGGGACAGAGUGGCUCGUCAAUAGCAGCAGAAUACUCAUUUGGGAAGACGGCAGCUUGGAAAUAAAUAACAUUACAAGAAAUGAUGGAGGUAUCUAUACAUGCUUUGCAGAAAAUAAUAGAGGGAGGGCUAAUAACACUGGCACUCUUGUUAUUACAGAUCCCACGCGAAUUAUAUUGGCCCCAAUUAAUGCUGAUAUUACUGUUGGAGAAAAUGCUACCAUGCAGUGUGCUGCGUCCUUUGAUCCCGCCCUGGAUCUCACAUUUAUUUGGUCCUUCAAUGGCUAUGUGAUCGAUUUUAACAAAGAGAACAUUCAUUACCAGCGGAAUUUUAUGCUGGAUUCCAAUGGAGAACUGCUCAUCCGAAAUGCCCAGCUGAAGCAUGCUGGGAGAUACACGUGCACUGCUCAGACAAUCGUGGACAAUUCUUCAGCUUCAGCUGAUCUUGUUGUGCGAGGCCCUCCAGGCCCUCCAGGUGGUCUGCGAAUAGAAGACAUUAGAGCCACUUCUGUGGCACUUACUUGGAGCCGUGGUUCAGACAAUCAUAGUCCUAUAUCUAAAUACACUAUUCAGACCAAGACUAUUCUUUCAGAUGACUGGAAAGAUGCAAAGACAGAUCCCCCAAUCAUUGAAGGGAAUAUGGAGGCAGCAAGAGCAGUGGAUUUAAUACCAUGGAUGGAGUAUGAAUUUCGUGUGGUAGCAACCAAUACGUUGGGUAUAGGAGAGCCCAGUAUACCAUCAAACAGAAUUAAAACAGAUGGUGCUGCUCCUAAUGUGGCGCCUUCAGAUGUAGGAGGUGGAGGUGGAAGCAACAGAGAGCUGACCAUAACAUGGGUGCCUUUGUCAAGAGAAUACCACUACGGCAACAAUUUUGGUUACAUAGUGGCAUUUAAGCCUUUUGAUGGGGAAGAAUGGAAAAAAGUUACAGUAACUAAUCCAGAUACUGGCCGCUAUGUCCAUAAAGAUGAGACCAUGCGCCCUUCCACUGCAUUUCAAGUCAAAGUUAAGGCCUUCAACAACAAAGGAGAUGGACCUUACAGCCUCACAGCAGUCAUUAAUUCAGCACAAGACGCUCCCAGUGAAGCCCCAACAGAAGUAGGUGUAAAAGUCUUAUCAUCUUCUGAGAUAUCUGUUCAUUGGGAUCAUGUUGUAGAAAAAAUUGUGGAAAGCUAUCAGAUUCGGUAUUGGGCUGCCCAUGACAAAGAAGCAGCUGCACACAGAGUUCAAGUCACCAGCCAAGAGUACUCGGCCAGGCUGGAGAACCUUCUGCCCGACACCCAGUACUUUGUGGAAGUCAGGGCCUGCAAUAGCGCAGGGUGUGGGCCUCCCAGUGACAUGAUUGAGACCUUCACCAAGAAAGCACCUCCGAGCCAGCCCCCAAGGAUCAUCAGUUCCAUAAGAUCUGGUUCACGCUAUAUAAUCACCUGGGAUCAUGUGGUAGCACUAUCAAAUGAAUCUACAGUGACAGGAUAUAAGGUUCUCUAUAGACCCGAUGGCCAGCAUGAUGGCAAGCUGUAUUCAACUCAUAAACACUCCAUAGAAGUUCCAAUCCCCAGGGAUGGAGAGUAUGUUGUAGAGGUUCGUGCACACAGUGAUGGAGGAGAUGGAGUAGUGUCUCAAGUCAAAAUUUCAGGUGUAUCCACCCUAUCACCAAGCCUUCUAGGCUUACUGCUGCCUGCCCUUGGCAUCCUUGUCUACCUGGAUUUCUGAGUGUGAUGUGACAGCUGCUGCUCCCAGCCCAGCUUAGAGCACACAGAGGACACCUUCAUCCCUAUGAUGAAUAUAAUUCCUUCCAUUUUCUGUGGCUCCACCCUAAGCCAAAUAAAUGAUACUUUAACAAACUCUCCAACUGAUUUACAACACACAUUAUGACUGAGGCAUUCAGGAACCCCUUCGUCCAAAAGAAUAAACUUUUAAAUGGGUAUAAAAUGAUUUUUAACUCGUUCCAAUAUGCCUUAUAAACCACUUAACCUGAUUCUGUGACAGUUGCAUGAUUUAAUCCAAUGGGACAAGUUACAGUGUUCAAUUCAAUACUAUAGGCUGUAGAGUGAAAAGUAAAAUCACCAUACACAGGUGCUUUAAAUUUAAUAACAAGUUGUGAAAUAUAAUAGAGGUUGAAAUGUUGAUUGUAUGUGGUAAAUGUAAGAGUAAAACAGUCUCUUGUACUAUUCUCUGUUUCGGGUCCUGCAUAUUUUCGAAUGGCCCCUAUCAUUCAUGACAUUUUGAGUUUUCUUGAAAAAAAAAAUAGAGUAUAACUGAACCAUUUUGACAUAAAUUCCAUGAGCAACUCAUUUUACUGAAUGAGUUGAAAGAUUCUGAAUAUUGAAAACCAAAUUCUAGAAAUUGUUAUCAGUAUUCUUAUUUUGGAAGUAAGUAAUUUUCUAAAUGCUUGAUUUUCAGAAUCAGUAAUAAUUUUACGUUAGAUUUUUAGUGGUAAAGUUAACAUACCAUAGGAAGGUUUUUCUUUACUUUUAUAUGAUAUUCUGAAGAUAUUUUAUGCUUUUCUCAUCAUCAGUUUCAAACCUCAAAAAUCACAGCUCUUCUCUAGAGUAUCAUCAUAUUGCUGUAUUUAUACAUACAUAGAAUAAUGAAUUUUGAAAAGUAGAAUGCUUUCAUUUUUUAGUUGAGAGGUGACAGUCGUUACACAGCUAGAAAUAAACAACGUUAAGUGAGUAUAAGUGUGAUCUAAUACUAUUCUAAGGAUCUUUGGUUUUGUGCUCCAUUUCUAAGUAAAAGCUUUCUUUAUUGAAGGUAUCAAGAAAUCACCUAUAGGUUGGAAAAUCUACAAUAUACCUUAUUUUUUUUAAUUUGCUAGUAAACUCAUUUCCCACUUCAAUGCAAUACUGAAAACUGGCUAAAAAUACCAAAUCAGUAUGUUGCUAAUGGUACUUUGAAAGUAUGCAAACUGGAAGGCCAGGAGGAGACAAAUAAUGUGUCCAAUGGUGUCUCCCAAGUGUUGGUGCUUUAGGUUUUCAUAAGUUGUAAAAAGGAAGAUGCACAUUUCUUCAUUCUCCAUGGUAUGCAAGGAAAUGUGUUUGAGUGUGGAUGUGAGAGAAAUGGAAUAAUAAAGGAUUAGCUGGCUCAUGAAAUAGUGCAAUGUCUGAUGAUUCAGGAGGUAUAAUCCUAUUUUAUUAGCACAACCUUGCUAGCUAAUUAGAGAUAGAGUUUAUCUUUUUAGAAAGGAUACCUUAUAGGUUCAUAAAAAAAUAUUUACAGGCAGCAAAAUAGAACUAUUACUACUUUACCCCCUUUUCUUUAAUUUGUAUAAUUUUUGUACUAUAUAUCUAUGUGUAAAUGUUUAGAGCUUUCAUUAUGAAAAUAUCAAUAAAUAUGUCAUUAGUUUACAUUCAACUCUUUGUUAUAAAAUUAAACUUUUUAAUAAUAAGUGAAAUGGAUGAUUUCCCAGUGGAAGUAUGUCAACAGUCUUAAAAGCAUUACCAGAUUUCAUAAAAUACAUAAUUAUUUGAAAAAGAAACAAAAUCUCUUCAUACUUUAGGGAAACGAAUACUGUGUAAGCCUUCUGUACAAAUGUUUGUGUUUUCAUUGUUACACUUUGGGGUUUUCCUUUUGCAAUGUGACCCAUGUUGGGCAUUUUUAUAUAAUCGACAACAACUAAAUCUUUUGCCAAAUGCAUGCUCGCCUUUUAUUUCUAAUGUAUUGCAAUAAAGAGCAAAACUGGUUAGAUUUUGCAUGAAAUGGUUCUGAAAGGUAAGAAGAAAACAGACUUUGGAGGUUGUUUCAUUUUAAAUUUGUGACAGAGAUAAGGUAGAUUAAAAUCUCUCAUACACUGAUAACUCAAGCUUUUCAUUUCCUCAUACAGUUGUACAAAUUUGACUGGGACCAUCAGUUUUAAACUGUUGUCAAACUAACUAAUGUAUCAUCUGCUUAAGACGCAAGAUUCUUAAUUAAACUUUAUAUAGAUAUAGACA